ACAUGAAAAACAGGGGUCGGGUUGUAGCUGACCCGAUCGUCUAUCUAUCUCUCCAUUCCUUUAUUUUUUGAUUUAUAAUAGUAAUAAUUGAUGCUUCUCCUCCGACCAUCUUACUCCAAAUUCGCUUGAAACCACAACAAUUUUCUUUCGAGAAAUUUGAGGUCAAACAACAACAAUAUAACCAUAAUAAUAAGAAGAAGAAUAAGAAGGCAUGUCGUUGGAACCACCGCCAUUUGAAGAAUCAGCACGUUGCCAUGUUUGCAAAUGCAGUUUCAACACCUUUAGAAGACGGCAUCAUUGCCGAUGUUGUGGUCGAACUUUGUGUGCUGAACAUUCAUCAGAUCAAAUGGCGUUACCACAGUUUGGUAUUCACUCACUUGUUAGAGUUUGCUCAGAUUGUUAUAAUGAUGCAUCUCGGUCUGUAAAGUCUGAAGGAGGUGCUUCUGUUAAUGGAGUAAAUUCCAUGACAGAUGCGGUUUCAAGGAUAGAUAUUAGUACACCAUCAAAUUCCGAUACUACACAAGCUGUUGGUAAUUCAAAUUGCACAUGUGGAAUGCCUUUAUGUAUAUGUGAGGUGCAGUCAAAUGAUGCCAUGGCACCUGUGCAGCCUAAGCCUGUCCCAACAUCCUCAGUUCCAAAGAAAUUAGACACUGCCCAGAGAAGUAGAGCUUCGUCAUCUAGCAAGUCCAGUGCUGGACACUCAGCCAACGCAGUCUCAGAAAAACCACUUGCGGAUUAUGAAGUUAAUGGAGAGGGAUUACGGGAAGCGAUAAAGAAUGGUGACUUAUUUUCUGUCAAAAAGCUUCUUAGCGAGGGAGUUGAUGCAAAUUACUGUGAUAAACAAGGAUUGUCUCUCUUGCAUCUGGCUGCCGUUUUUAACAAAACUGAAAUCGUUUUCACACUCAUGGAAAAUGGAGCAAGUAUGGACCACAAAAAUUUGCAGGGGGAGACUCCGCUUGAUUGUGCCCCUGUAACAUUGCAAUUCAAAAUGAAGAAGAAGAUGGAACAAAUUAAUCAAUCCAAGUAAACAUUAUGUAUUGACUUCUUCUGUAAACAUUCUCAUGGCUGUAAAAUCAACAUCUGGAGACCAUUUUGCGUUUAUUUCGAUGCUAGCAUUGAACUACACCAGAUUGUUGGUUGUUUGCAAGUGUCUUCUUCUAUGGAACAUACUUGAAUUUAUCUUUAAGCUCCCCUAAAGAAGCAAAAGAGCCGGAUUAAGCAAGGAGAAGGGUAAACAUAUAUAUUAUAUUUCUUGUAACUUUGUUUUGUUGAGGGGUAAAAUACAACCAUGGAUAUCAUAUUAAGCAUCUUCCAAGUCUUUAUUUCAA